AUGGCGGUGGCAGAUGUGAAGUUAAAUUCACCAACUCAAACAAACAGUCAAAGUGUUGUUGUCAAUGUCAAAGACAGAGAUGUUGAAGUGGGGAAACCAUGCGAAGACAAAGAUGGUAUAACAAUUGUUCCUGUAAAAGAACCAACAUAUCCUGAAGUUAGCAGAGACUUAAGUUCUGUUGCAGAUAUUCGAAACGACUACCAACAACUGAAAGACAAACUUCAAACUCAGGAGAAGAUUUGUCAGGCUUUAAGUAUAAUGUUAAACUUGGUCGAACACAACCCUGUAAAAGUGAACUCAUAUGUCAUUGACCUCAUGAAGUUUUGA